CCAGCUCUUCCGCUGCUCCAGCGCUCAGCUCUCCCUUGAACAGCUCCUAGAGAGAAGAACUAAGGCGUGCGGGAGUGCUGAUGACCAGCACCAUGCAUCAUCUUCUUCUCAGGCUUGGAUCUUAGAUUUCCUACCCCUGUGCUAAACACUGGCUAAGAACUGCUCCCGGCCAUCCCUUUCCUAGGCAGGCAGCAAACAAGAGGGGAAACAAAAAAGAAGAAGGAGGAGGAGGAGGAAGAGCGACUCUUCAGCUAAGUGGACUAAGAUCAGCCGAAGAGUGUGUGUGUGAGAGAGAGAGAGAGUGUGAGGCGGGCUGGAUGCUUUGGUUGCACAGCGGCAAAGUGGGAAUUUAAAGAACUGCAGUGAAAAAGAGCCCCGAGAUUCCCCAACCACAGCACAAGACAUAACCUCGCAGAAUUACAGAGCGCCAGGUAGAAAUGACAUCUACUGGCAAAGAAGGCAGCGGAGCUCAGCAUGCACAAUAUGUUGGACCCUACCGUUUGGAGAAAACCCUGGGCAAAGGACAGACAGGGCUUGUGAAGUUGGGGGUUCACUGUGUAACAUGUCAAAAGGUCGCUAUAAAAAUUGUCAACAGGGAGAAGCUCAGUGAAUCGGUGCUAAUGAAGGUGGAACGGGAAAUAGCCAUCCUGAAGUUGAUAGAACACCCACAUGUUUUAAAGCUGCAUGAUGUUUAUGAAAAUAAAAAAUAUUUAUAUUUGGUGCUAGAACAUGUGUCUGGUGGAGAACUUUUUGACUAUCUUGUAAAGAAAGGAAGAUUAACGCCAAAAGAAGCCAGGAAGUUUUUCCGACAGAUCAUAUCUGCUUUAGACUUCUGUCAUAGUCAUUCAAUCUGCCAUAGGGAUUUAAAACCAGAAAAUCUACUGCUGGAUGAAAAGAACAAUAUCCGAAUAGCAGACUUUGGGAUGGCAUCACUGCAAGUUGGGGACAGUUUGCUUGAAACAAGCUGUGGGUCACCACAUUAUGCCUGCCCAGAAGUAAUCCGGGGAGAAAAGUAUGAUGGAAGAAAAGCAGAUGUCUGGAGCUGCGGAGUCAUUUUAUUUGCAUUGUUAGUGGGUGCUCUACCAUUUGACGACGAUAAUCUGCGGCAGCUGUUGGAGAAGGUGAAGCGUGGUGUGUUCCAUAUGCCACAUUUCAUCCCCCCAGAUUGUCAGAAUCUCUUACGGGGGAUGAUUGAAGUGGAUGCCUCGAAACGGCUGACGCUAGAACACAUUCAGAAGCACAUAUGGUAUAUAGGUGGUAAGAAUGAGCCAGAACCAGAACAACCAGUUCCUCGAAAAGUGCAGAUUCGUUCGCUCCCUUCAUUGGAGGACAUUGAUCCAGAUGUUUUAGAUAGCAUGCACUCAUUAGGUUGCUUCCGGGACAGGAAUAAACUCUUACAAGAUCUGCUAUCAGAAGAAGAAAACCAAGAGAAAAUGAUUUAUUUUCUUCUGCUGGAUCGGAAGGAGAGAUAUCCCAGUCACGAGGAUGAAGAUCUUCCUCCUAGAAAUGAAAUAGACCCUCCCAGAAAGCGUGUAGACUCUCCAAUGCUGAACAGACAUGGAAAGCGGAGGCCAGAGAGGAAGUCAAUGGAGGUCCUGAGUGUGACAGAUGGAGGAUCUCCAGUUCCAGCUCGUAGGGCAAUUGAAAUGGCUCAGCAUGGACAAAGUAAAACAAUGUUCAGUAAAAGCCUGGAUAUCUGUGACGCCAAUCCCAAAUUCAACAAAGACGAAAGGAUGACGAGUGCUGACACAUUGGGGUCACGGUCAAUCAGUGGAGCAUCAUCUGGUCUGUCCACCAGUCCCCUCAGCAGUCCAAGGCCUAUCAGAAAAUUUUUCAUCCCCCCUCAGACUCCUGACCUCCCUUUCACCCCCCGCCCCCAAGUCUCCCUAGACUCUGAUGCUUGUAGGAAUGCUUCCAGGCCUGGACAUGUUCUGCAACCAAAGCCAGUGCUUCAACCCAAUCCAAAGACACAGACUUUACCGUCCAAGAGCAAAUUGGCUGAAAAACCACUCCAGUCUACCAAAUCAAAUCCACUUCCUUCAGGCAAUGCAACUGUUUCUCCUUCCCAAAAUGCCCCUGCACAAAACACGCAAAGCCGCCCACCUGCUCCUGGAUUAAGCCCACAGCUGGCUGUUCCUACUGUGCAAACCAACCCUAUAUCUCCUGUUAGAUUGCUCCCUUCUAGUACUGACCCAAGCACCAAAUCUAUCCCCAUCAUACAGGUCACCCCUCACCCCUCUCCAAGGGGCAGUCCCCUCCCUACCCCCAAGGGGACACCUGUCCAUACGCCAAAGGAGAGCCCAGCAGGCACACCCAACCCUACGCCACCAUCCAGUCCCAGCAUCGGAGGAAUGCCCUGGAGAACACGACUCAACUCGAUCAAGAACAGCUUCCUGGGAUCUCCUCGCUUCCAUCGCAGGAAAUUGCAAGUACCUACGCCAGAAGAGAUGUCCAAUUUAACUCCAGAAUCUUCCCCAGAGCUUGCCAAAAAAUCCUGGUUUGGUAAUUUUAUCAACCUAGAAAAAGAAGAACAGAUCUUUGUGGUUAUAAAGGACAAACCACUGAGUUCUAUCAAGGCUGACAUCGUUCAUGCAUUCCUCUCAAUUCCUAGUCUCAGUCAUAGUGUCAUCUCACAGACAAGCUUCCGUGCAGAGUACAAGUCCACAGGAGGCCCAGCUGUCUUUCAGAAGCCAGUGAAGUUCCAAGUGGACAUCACAUAUACAGAAGGUGGGGAAGCACAGAAAGAAAAUGGGAUCUACUCAGUCACUUUCACACUUUUAUCAGGUCCAAGCCGUCGCUUUAAAAGGGUAGUAGAAACCAUUCAGGCACAAUUGUUAAGCACACAUGACCAGCCUUCAGUGCAGCAGUUAUCAGACACCACUAACUGUAUGGAGUUGAUGACUGGGAGACUUUCCAAAUGUGGCAGCCCAUUGAGUAACUUCUUUGACGUAAUUAAACAACUUUUUUCAGACGAGAAGAACGGGCAGGUGAGCCAUCCCCCCGGCACGCCAACCAAGCAUAGCGCAAACAGCAAGCGGAGCGAUUCCGAUGCUAAUGACUAUGGGUCUAGAGGAGACACUAAGUACCCCGCUGGCAAAGAGAAGGCAAAGAUGGUCUCGUCACUCGGCCUACAAGACCAACCUUAAAUAAAUGAAUUUCUUUUUUUAAAAAAAAGAAAGAAAGAACAGAUUAAAUAACUAAACAGAAAAAGUCAGGAAAACCAAAUGAAUGAGUAUUCUUUAGCAAGCUAACCUCUAAAAUAGACAGAUGUAUAUACAUUGCUGCAACAAUACAAAACUGUCUAUAGACAACUUUUGUAUGAAGGAAUGACUGUAUAUAUAUACAUAUAUAGAUAUAGAUAAAACACACACAUACACAUAUAUAUUUAUAUGAUAUAAUAUUUAUCUCUGAAGCAACACAAAAGCAACGAGAAAAGAAAAAAAAGGUAGCACAGAUGACAAAUCCCAUUUGGCAAAUCUUGGGUCCCCCUUUUUUUCCCUCCUCCCGGUUUGUUUCUUUUCUCUUCCUCUCACUUUUGACCUCUCCUCCCCCCCUCCCUGCCCAUUGCCAUUUUUGUUCUUGUUCUCUCUGAGUUUCUGACCACCACCGCUUGUUUCCACUCUGCUACCAGGAAUUAUCCCGAAAAGUUAACAUGCCAACCCAACAGCUUCACCUUCUGUGCUCUGCGAACACUUGUUCACGGAAGGCUGCUGAUGUAAGACUCUACUCGGACUGGUUCUGUUUGGGGACACCCAGCCUCCCCCUCUCUCACUGCAGGAAAUGGGUCUCCUCCUGUCCACUGGCCCUCAGCUCACGCUUUUCUUUUGGUGCUCUGCGCUGAAGAACUGCUCAGAUACAACCUUUCAGAGUUGGAACAUACUGGAGAAGCAUCUUAGCUCUUCCCCUCGGGCAAACCCAGACCACCGUGGCUGGGGGUUGGGGCGGGUGGGGAGAUGGGAUAUCAUGACAUAUUCAGGCUGUUCUCUCAUUCAAAACUGGGAUGUUUUACAAGAGGAAAUUUGUCCUCCUGGUUCUUUCUCCCCCUUGCCCUGCUCCCUUUUUUCCUCCUUGCCCUGUUACCCUUUUUCAAAUUGUGUUUGUGUUUUUAUUAUCUUAAACCACCACCCUUUUUUUUUUAACCUCCUGGAGGGGCAGGACAUAAGCUAAGAGAAAACCCCAAAAAUGGAAGUCAGACAAAUAAGAACAUUGAAACUUAGGGAAAGGGCAGCUUUCGGCAGUGAGGAGGAGGGAGGAGAAUCCACCUGUCUGAGGACAAUCUCUUCUACUGCCAAGUGCUGUUGCCAUU